AUGUUCUUCACCUUUCGGAAAAGAUACAUCCAGGUGGCUGUGGUGGUUGGCCUAUUGGUGAUGAUUUCAUUAUCGAUUCUGCUGGCUGGAUCCCUACAGCCCUUGAAAGACCUAAAUUACAUGGACACGUUGUCUCUCUCUACAUGGGCUAGUUCUGGAGUAUCACACUCGUCACUUUCAGAGUCUGGCUCCCAUUUCAACAAGAUGGUUGACCAACUUUUUCAAGAAAAGAAAAAAAAUGACAAAGAAGAUAAAUACUGGGUUACCGACACAGUGAUCCUGGAGGAGCAAACUCAACUACUGAUUCCUGACUAUUAUCGGUUGCCAAAGAAUCUGAGACCAGAUGUUCAACCAUUUGAUCCUCGCUUCACGUUGGCCUUCUACUAUAAUUUUCUUCGUGUGGAGUUGACAAAGGGAGUAAUCAAAGAAGCCCCUUUCCAUUGGGCGGACUGGAUGGACAUGUCUGUGCUUAACCCAUACUUGUUCAACCCAGACCAUGAGCAACUGACUUGUGAGUUGAUUUUCGACGCCCAGAAGAUUGAGCAGGAAAAGUAUAAAGACAAGGAGGGCCGUGUCUAUCACGAAACGAAGAACGUCAAAGACUUUUGUGUCAACGACAAAGAUUUGCCUGAAGGUCACAAUGACGGAAACACUCAGAGAAUGGGAUUUAAUGUCCAGAAGUAUUUUGGCCGUAUGACUCCCGAAAAGGCCAGACUUGCUGGAAAGGCUUACUUGUACUCUUCGGCCGAGCCUCCUAGAGCGGUUGUGUUUUUAACUAACGAUGGUUUUUACAGCUAUUCGCCUACUUUCAAGUCCAAACUCUUGCGCAGUGGACUAGUGGAUGGAUACAUGAAGUACAACUCGCCAACACAAGCUAACACUUUAAAGAUGUUCAAGAGACUUAAAAAGGAGGUUCCUCCUAAAAGGGACGAGGUGAUUAAUGACUACGAGGUCAAGUUGAGUCACGAAGAUUUUGUCAUUCAACCCAUUCGUACCAUCACUAAGCUCCAAGACUUGCAGAAAUCUGGCGCUACGUUGACCAAACAGCAGCAGACUUACAUGGAAUCUUUGCGUUAUAGUUUGCAAGUCGAGAAAGCUCCACCCAAAUAUUUCAGUGAGGCCAGAAUCUUCGAGAAUGUUUUGGGUGAUCACUACGACUGGAGAUUCUUCAACGGGAUUCAGUUGGGCUCUAACGAGCAGGUCACAACCCUCCAUAAAAUGGUCCGUGUGUGGCUUUCCUUUUGUAGAAUGACUGGUGUCACCACGUGGUUGGCCCACGGCUCCUUGUUGUCAUGGUAUUGGAAUGGUAUUGCUUUUCCCUGGGAUAAUGAUGUGGAUGUCCAAGUUCCCAUUCGUGACUUGGAGAAACUCAGUAUAAACUUCAACCAAUCGCUCGUUGUCGAAGAUCCAAACGAUGGUUUUGGAAGAUACUUUUUGGAUUGUGGAACUUUUAUCACCCUGAGAGGUCACGCCAACGGAAACAAUAACAUUGAUGCCAGAUUCAUCGAUAUUGACACGGGUUUGUACGUUGACAUUACUGCUUUGGCUGUCAGUGCAGACAAGGCCCCAGAAAGAUACGACUAUUUGUUGCCAGAUGACUUCCUGAGGGAUCUUCAUUCCUCGAAAGACGUAAACGACCAGAUGCGAGUCUACAAUUGCAGAAACCGUCAUUUUUCCCAUUUGUCGGAGCUCUCGCCUUUGGUCAGAUCCUAUGCUGAGGGUGAGGUGGCCUAUAUCCCUAAGAGAUAUUCUGAUUUACUUACUACUGAGUACAAGGAUAAUGGAAUGUUGCAGAAAUACUUCCGGUCCCGCUUAUUCAUGCCGCAGCUCAGACUCUGGGUCCACCAGGAUGACUUACGUUUCUUCUUGCGUCACAGAAAAGAAUGGCUCAAGUACUAUCUGUCUGAGGCGACCGACUCUAACUUUGUCAAGCCUGGACUUAGCCAAGAUCUCACUAAGAAGGAGUUGACCUCUUUGUUGAAUUUCAAAGAGCAUGACCUUUUGGAGUUGUUACAAAAUGAUGACAUUCUUAAAGACUACAUUGCAUCCCGAGAAAUGACCUUGGUGCAUGAGAAUGAAAUAAUGCACCUACUCUUUGGCAAAUCCACUGCCAGGAUAGUUUCACAUGCCCCAGACUUCAGGCCGUUGAAGUACGACCCAUUCUUGCAUGCUAUGCGUCAAAACUACAACACUUACGAGAAGGAGGUUGAGAGAUAUAAACAGCUCUAUAGAAAAUUCACUCACGGAAAGGACCGGUAUCAGGAAGGUGAAGAAGAGCAAGAUGUUACCUGA